UCUGAUUGAUCAGCUUGAAAAUAAAGUUCUCUCCCAGAAAUAAAAUAAGUUUAAAUUAAUAGAUCACAAAACACAUUGCCAUCUUCUAUCUAAUACGAAAGAAGUAGGAAAAUAUAUUUGCAUCCAACUGUCCAAUUUGUUUCCAGUACAUUGUAAUUGUAUAGCAAUUUUGGUUAUUCCAAUAACACCUUUGAGUUAUACAUAUACAGAUUGUAGUGCAAUACAUUAUUCCCUAAUUUAAAAAUAAACAAAUUUUACAUGCUUUAAAUCUAUUUAUGUUGGCACACCCUGAUAAGAGUAGUGACAGAUCUGUCAUAAAAAUUUUCAGUUGUUAAAAGGUGUGACUGUUGACAGUAUUGUUCAUUUUAAUUCAACACUCUUGCCAAUCUUGUGGCGAUUACAAAUUACAAUUAGCAAUAAUGAAGGGAGGGUCUUCGCCCGCAUCAAUGAUCUUCACAGGGUUAGGGUUUGCUGCUAUCGGAUUUGCUGGACGUUAUGUUCUUAGACGAAUGCCACAUUUAGAAAAUGAGGUAAGACAUCUGAUCAAACAUUUUCGUUUGUUGGAUCCGGAUAUGUUUGAUGGCAACUGCCCAAGAGGAUCAUCGUACACAGAUAAGUACUCCCAAUAUUACAAAGGAGGAUUUGAAUCGAAGAUGAACUUAAAGGAAGCAGCUCUGAUCCUUGGCGUGGAACCUACUGCUAAGAAGAACACAAUUAGGGCGGCGUUUUUGCGACUUAUUACUCUUAAUCAUCCCGAUCGAGGAGGAUCGCCUUACAUAGCGUCCAAAAUUAAUGAAGCAAAAGAUUUUUUGGAGGAAAGGCUGCCACCCGGAAGAAAAUGAGAUUACAUAUGCUUCUAAAUGUUAGCAAUUACCUGUAGAUACCGAUAUCACUUUUAUAAAUAAAAUGUAAUCCUA